CAGCUGCUCGCCUGGUCUUGUCGCCAGUCGCCAAUCGCCAACACUCGCAAACAAACGUCGCGUCGCGUUGCCUCGACUCGUAGGAAUCUCUGUGGUUUGCCUGUUUCGCUGCAACGUUGUGCCGAUCCUGGCCAGAGAGACAGACAGAGAGAGAGAGAGAGAGACAGAGAGAGUGAGGGAUAGAGGUAGAGGGAGAGAGCGAGUAUGACGGAGCGCAUCAAUACAACGGCCGCCAUGGUCGCCCACAUGGCGCCCAGUCGCAACACCACACCGGACCAGCUGGCCCGACUUAUCGACGUGCACCUGGGCGAGCUGCGCGAGGAGCUGCCCAACUGGAUGCUGGCGCCAUCGCCCGUGGCCGGUCGCGGCGUGUUCGCCACACGCGACAUUGCCGCCGGCGAGCUCAUCUUUAGGGAGCGCGCGCUGGUCGUUGGGCCAACCGCGCGCAAGGGCUCGCAGCUGAACACGUGCGUCUGCUGCCAUCGGCUGCUGGCGGCCAAGCAAUUCCUCUGCCCGCAUCGCUGCACGCUGCCCGUUUGUGGCGACUGCGCCGAUUCGGAGGCGCAUCACAAUGAGUGCGCGCACUUCCAGCGCUGGCUGCCGAAGGACUUGAGCGAGGAGUGCAAGGAGCCGGCAGCGGCUGGCGAGAAAACGGAUGCAGUGAAUCCGCUCUCGCUGCGCAUUCUGACCGCCGUUCGGGUCUUCUAUUUGAGCAAGGAGCAGCGCGCUCUGGUGGACGCCAUGCAGGCGAAUGCGGAGCGUGGCUAUCGCCAGGAGAUCAUCAAGGCGGCGCAGUGCUUCCGAAAGUUUCCCACCACAGACAAGCCCUUCAUGGAUCAGCUGUUCCGUGUCGUGGGCGUCCUCAAUACGAACGCCUUUGAGGCGCCGUGUCGCGUCGAUGGCCACGAGUCGCUGCUGCGCGGCCUCUUCCCGUUGACGGCCAUCAUGAACCACGAGUGCACGCCCAACGCCAGCCACUACUUCGAGAACGGGCGGCUGGCGGUGGUGCGUGCGGCCCGCGACAUACCGAAGGGCGGCGAAAUAACCACCACCUACACCAAGAUCCUCUGGAGCAAUCUCACUCGCGGCAUAUUCCUUAAGAUGACCAAGUACUUUGUGUGCAACUGCGAGCGCUGCAACGACAACUCCGAGAACGGAACGUAUUUGUCCGCUCUGUUCUGCCGGGAGCAGGGCUGCAAGGGCCUGGUCAUACCCGUGCAGACGAAGACGCUGCAGCCGGACUGGCGCUGCCUCAGCUGCGAGAACGUCUUUCCGCACGCCAAGAUGGCGCGCUAUCAGGACUUUGCCCUGAACACGAUCAACAAUCGGAUCAACACGUGCAGCGUGCGCGACAUGAUCCACUUCAUCAACGAGCUGUGCCCGCGCUUCUGCCCGCCAUCCAACUACGUGCUGAUCGAGGCCAAGCUGAACGUCAUCUGGCGCAUGACCAGGCUGGGCGCCGAGGAGUACGCACCCGAGGAGCUGGCUCACAAGGAUCGCUAUCGCGAGGAGAUUCUCGCCAUACUCCAUAAGCUGGGCGCCGGCGAGUGCACGCUGAAGAAGCUCAUCAACGAGGAGAUACAGUGAGCUCUGACAGUGGAUGGACACCCAUUGCGUGCAUGUGUAUAUGUUGAUGUCUGCGUGUGUGUGAGUGCGUAUGUGUGUGUGUGUGUCUCUGCGUGUCUGUGUGUGUGAAUGCCUUGGAAUUGCUCUAGCUCGUAAAAUGUGUCUAUUUUUUUUCCUCCUGCUUCUAUUUUGUAAUCACUUUAGGAAUACAAUAAACAAAGCUCCAGCUCUAUAGCUAACUGCCUUUU